AAAUGUUUUACUAUAAAAGCGUUGUCCUUAAACCUAAUAUACUCAUCAGAUUACUCACUCAGUCAACUUACUUCCUUGCUCGUGUCUUCAAUUCAACAUUGCUCAACGUGCUCAGCCAUCUUCGUCUAUGGAGGUGUUAUCUAAUCUGCUUCACGGCCUCGCAGAGGCAAUUCAAAUUGUCCAGCAACAGGUUGAUCAAAUCGUUGAACGGGAGCGGCGAGCAGAAGCUGAGCGGGAACGACGCGGAGGGGCAGAACCAGAUGUGA